AUGUCAUCUUCAAUUACAUCGGCUCAAUCUGCAUCUCAGCAACAAGGCCAACCCAAAGGUUUAUACAUUUUCACCACUUCUCAAAUCCCACUAUCCGUUCGAUAUCCUCAUCCUCGUAAACCCAACUUAGUCCUUCCCUCUCUGAUUCAUAGGACACUUCAUAAUUCUUUAGAUGGAGAUUCACCUUCUAUCGCAUACUACCCGUCUAAUUCUUCAUCCUCUUCUUCAUCUUUGGUCACCGAUACCGAUGACGAUAUCAAGGGGCGGAAAGGGAAAGUGAUUAUACCUCAUCCAGAUGGAUUGAUCAAACAUGAUAUACCAUCUUCGUCUCAGUCAUUACCACCUCAUGAUUAUAACGCUUCAGCUCAAAAUCAAUCUCAAAGUAAUGGUGAAAUCAAUGGAACUGGCAUAAACGAUAUCUCAGCAGAUUAUCUGGUGGAUUUAGAACUCACCGUCAAGCUUCAUCUAGUCGGAUCAUCGUUACCAUCAUCAUCAUCAUCAUCAUCAUCAUCAUCAUCAUCAUCUGGUUCAUCGUCAUCAUCAUCAUCUGAACGCGAAAGUGAGCAAACCCGAUGGGUAAAGGAAUCAUUAUCUUUAUUAGAAGAAUAUAAAGGAUUGAACAAGAAUAGUAUUGACACUUUAUUAAUUGGAUACAAAGGUGUUGAUUAUAGAGGAUCAAAAACCGUUGCCAGUGAAAUGUUCGGUUGUGGUACAGAAGGUCUAGAAGCUCCAAACACUGAAAUCAUUUCUAAAGAAUUAGAACAACAUGUUAUUGAAUCUUGGAAAGAAAUCUCACGAUAUCUCACUGCGGGUGAUAAAGAAUCAAAAACCACACCUAAAUUGAAACUAGGUACUUUGUAUUCACCUUUGGGAUUAUUGAAAAAUCUCGUCAAAGAAGAUAUAGGUAUAAGAGUAAACGCUCUUGAUACUCCUGAUUGUCAUCAUUUACCUAAAGAAUAUACAACGUAUGCAAAAGAGAAUGGAAUUCAACUUUGGGCAGGUGGUGGUGGUGAAGGUUCAGAUCCCCUCCCUUCUGCUCAUUUGCACAACCUCCUUCAAGAGUUCUCAGGCAAAGUGGACGAUUUGACCGAAAGUAAGGUAGACACUGCCCGACUGGAGAAGUUGAUAGGAUUGAGAGAAGACGGGUUGAAAUUCAAUCAAGACGACGAGAGCGCUGUAGAUGUAAGAUGGGUAUUGAGCUAUACACUCGUAUCGAAGACUAGAAAUGUAGUAAAAGAUAAAGGAUAUAUCGUAGCAGCAAAUUUUACUCCAUGA